AUGGCAAGGGCUAUUUGUUCCUCUUGUGGCUUGCGGAGCCAGCGCUGCCAAUGUCACCCGGAAGUUUCAACCGCCGGAAACGCAAACGUUGAUAACGGAGAAAGAGCAUCGACCAAGCUUACUCGAGCCUCCUUUUGGACUAUCUACCUCGUCACAGCUACCGCAGUCUCACUAUGCUUUCUUCUCAUGUUCUAUUUGAUUGGUUUCCGUAGCCUGAAAUCGAGUUGUCACUUGGAGGUGUUUGUCGACUCAUUCUCCAUCUCAAACGUUUCAAACGCAACUGCAGAUUGGAACGUCAGUUUUGUCACGAGGAGCCCUGGUAACGGCUGCAAAAUCUCUCUCCAUAUGAUUAAAUCGCGACUCCUCCGCGGUGGCAACCUUAUCUCCAAGUCACUGAACACUCCUGAUUAUUUCGGGGAACUUGUCACCGGACAAAUGAACGAACCGCUUUCGUAUGCCGUUUUCGAUACGGUUGAAACGCCCAAGGGAAACGGUGGCGGUGUGGUAUGGGAUCUUCGGGUCUAUGUGGUAUCACUAGUUAGGAAUGUCGGGUUGCACGACUACAGUUGUUUGGAAUCUCCUGGUUACUUGCACGUGAAUUGCGACGGUAUACUGGUGGAUUUUACAAUGGAUUCAGCUGGAAAUGUUAAGGGAUCGUUGCUCGGACAUAUGAGGCCGUGUGAGUAUUUGUUACGGAAUAAUUAUACGGACACAACCUUUUAG